AACCAUUUGAAGCUGUGACGCUGUUAACGAUCGUGAAUGAAGGACAAAUGUGAAAUAUUUUCUUCGGAUGUCGUAUAUUUCCAGUCUGCAGAUCUGGUCCUGUGGGCGUCAGUAUCACACAGUGAUCACAGUUCACACCUGCAGUGAAGCCCCUCCCACAACAAUUCACCAAUAAAUACUGGGAAUAUUCCCAUCAUCCUACAAGAGAAGGACAAACUCCAGGAGUAGCAGCUGAAAUCUGUGUGACUGUUAAAGAUGGAGUUUAUUAAAGAGGAGAUUGAAGACAUGAGUGAUCCAGAACCAUCCAGAAUAAAACAUGAAGAUACUGAGGAACAAAUAGACCAGAUGGAAGUGACGGAGCAAAGACAGAAACUAAAUGAAGUGAAGAAACACUGUGAUUUCAAAACUCAAGGAACAAAAGCCAAUAAGCUGCACUCCUGCUCUCUGUGUGAAAAGAGUUUCCAAAACAAAGGAGACCUUAAAAAACACGUAAGAAUUCACACUGGAGAAAAACCGUAUACAUGUCCUCAAUGUGGAAAGAGUUUCAGACAAAAAGGAAGCCUUAAGACACACAUGAGAAUUCACACUGGAGAGAAAGUGUAUACAUGCACUCAUUGUGGAAAGAGUUUUUCACAAGCAUCAGGUCUCAGUGUUCAUCUGCACAUUCACUCUGGAGAAAAACCAUUUAAAUGUGAUCAGUGUGGUAAAGGUUUUAAUUCGUCAUCAAAUCUUUCGCAACACCUGAUCGUUCAUUCAGAUGAGAGGCCUCAUGUGUGUUCUCUCUGUGGAAAGAAUUUUUCACGACUGAAUAGUUUUAAACAGCACCAGAAAACACAUAAUGAAGUGAAAGAUCAUGUGUGCUUUGACUGUGGAAAGAGCUUUGCAAUAUCAAGUCAUCUGAAACAGCACCAAAGAAUGCAUACUGGAGAAAAACCUUACAAGUGCUCAUCCUGUGACAAGAGUUUUGCUCGGUCUGGAUACCUGAAACUACAUGAGCGAGUUCAUACUGGAGAGAAGCCGUACCACUGUACUCAGUGUGAAAAGAGUUUCAAAGAUGCAAAAAGUUUAAAAGAUCAUCUGCACAUUCACUCUGGAGAAAAGCCAUUUAACUGUGAUCAGUGUGGAACAAAGUUCAUUUCAUCAAAACAUCUGAAAAGUCACCUGAUCGUUCAUUCAGAUGAGAGGCCUUAUGUGUGUUCUCUCUGUGGAAAGAGUUUUUCACGGCUGAAAGGUUUUAAACUGCACCAGAAAACACAUGAUGGAGUGAGAGAUCAUGUGUGCUUCAAAUGUGGGAAAAGCUUUACUAGAGAUGACCAUCUGAAACGGCACCAAAGAACUCAUAUUGGAGAAAGACCUUACAAGUGCUAAUGCUGUGACAAGAGGUUCGCUUUGUCUGGAACUCUGAAACUACAUGAGCGACUUCAUACUGGAGAAAAGCCGUACUGCUGUACUCAGUGUUAGAAGAGUUUUAAUGUUUAUCAAGCCUUCACACACAUGAAAAAAAAAUCAACAUUCAUGUGAUCAACAUUCAUUUUCUUGUCAAACACAUUAAAGUAAACUGAGAUAAAAUAAGGAGUUUUUCAUAAAAGCACUAUAUAAUCUAGAUUAAUUUAGUUAAUGUGGUGAAAAUAUUGUUUAACUAGAAAGACUUAAAUGGAUAGUUCAGCCAAAAAUGAAUUCUGUCAUUAAUUACUCACUCUCAUGUCAUUCCAAACCUGUAAGACUUUCAUCUUCAAAACACAAAUUAAGAUCUUUUUG